UCGCCGAGCUCCGAACUAAAACAGACUUGUUACCUGUGCAGUGUCUAUGGAUCAGGGCACCCACAGUCGAUGGAGGAGUCCAUUUCCCGGGUCGCCCAUGGAGCGCGUGGACGCGCAUGGCGGUGGCCUCAAGGCGCUGGAGGUGGACGUGGAGCGGCAAGAGGAGAUAAUCGACUUCGAGGCAGAGCCGCCGGGCUCCUCUGAAUCGGUCGAGAUCCUCGACCUCAAGAAGCGCAUGUGGAAGGACCAGAUGCGCCUCAUGAAGCUCGAGGGCCACGCCGGCGUCAGGAGCGGUGCGCCGGCCCGGCGGCAGCUGGAGGACCAGGAGGAGGACGGUCCCGAGGCGCGGUGCCGGCGGAAGGCGAUGCUGCGCGCGCAGGACGGCGUGCUCCGGCACAUGAUGAAGAUGAUGCAGUCCUGCAACGCGCGCGGGUUCGUGUACGGCGUGAUCGACGAGGCCGGCGAGCCCACGUCCGGCUCCUCCGACAGCCUCCGCGGCUGGUGGAAGGACAAGGUCGUCUUCGACCGCAGGGGCCCGACGGCCCUGAGUCUAACCGGCAGCUCCGCCGCCGACGGUAGCAGCAGCCCGCUGGGGCUGGCCUCCUACCUCCACCGCCUCCAGGGCAUCCAGGACAACACGCUGGGCUCGGUGCUCUCGGCGCUCCUCCAGCACUGCGAGCCGCCGCAGCGCAACUUCCCCCUGGAGCGGGGCCUGGCGCCGCCGUGGUGGCCGACGGGGAAGGAGCCGUGGUGGGGCACGCAGGGCGAGACGCAGGCCCACCAGGGGGCGCCGCCGUACCGGAAGCCGCACGACCUGAAGAAGGCGUGGAAGGUGUCCCUGCUGAGCGCGGUGAUCAAGCACAUGAGCCCGCGCUUCGACCAGAUGCGCAGGCUCGUGUGGCAGUCCAAGCGGCUGCAGCAGAGGAUGAGCGCCAAGGAGUCCGACACCUGGUCCAAGGUGCUCCGGCAGGAAGAGGCGCUCAGCGGCCGGCUCAAGAGCUCGCUUCGGAUCACGCCCCUCGACGACGACCACGACGGCGAGGGGCUGGAGGACGGCCCGGAAGACGUGGCGCGUGGCCCGCAUGACAAGCGCAAGUGCGAGGACGCGCCCUGCGGCAGCUCGGGCGGGAAGUGCCGCCGCAGGCCAAGAGGCGGGAGCCGGGACCUGGCCGCGAUGGUGCCCGGGCUCGAGGCCGGAGUCCUCGCCGAGGAGAGCCAGGGCUCCAUCAACGAGCUCAUGGAGCUGUACUACAGCUGCCUGCAGGGGGGCGGUGCGGAGGAGAAACACGACGUGGCGAUGCAGGGAGCGCCGAGAGGCGUCGAUGAUGUGGCGCAGCAAUUCCUGAUGGAUGUCAUCGGGAGCUGCCCGGAAGUAGAUCAUGUGCUGCGCUUGAUGGAGGAGUGAUGUGCCUUGUGGGGAAAUGAAAUUAGUAAAGAAGAAGAAAAUUGGAAGAGAAUGGUGGGACAUUUCUAUAUUUGCACACAUCAGACAU